AAAUAAAAAUGAGCAGUGGAAGUUUCUUGUAAUUUUUCCUAAAAGGAGCACUGAAACUUCAGUCUAUUUCAUUACUUCCAAAAUUCUAGCUCGCCUCAGUCUUUUCUCUCUCUUCAUUUGCAAAUUUCAGGUUGGAUUUCUACUCACUCCAAUUCGACGCAUUUUCAAAACUAUGCAAGUCAAGUUGGGGAUCAAGUUAUUUCUUCUUCCCUAAUUUUAGAUCCACCUGUUCUAGCCCCAAUCUCAGAUUUAUUUUUGUUAUGGCUUUGAUGGGCAUGGAAACGGGCUCAUCAUCUAUCCCAAGUUCUUCUUCAUCUUCUACCGCUCAAGUGGAAGUAUGAUGUCUUUCCCAGUUUUAGAGAUGAGGACACCCGCAACAAGUUCAUGGGUCAUCUAUAUGAGGCUUUGAUACAGAAAGGCAUUGCCACCUUUAAAGACGAUGAAAAACUUGAAAAGGGAAAACCCAUUAGACCAGAGCUAUUGGAAGCGAUAAAAGAAUCCAAAUUUGCUAUUGUCAUUCUCUCAGAAAACUAUGCAUCUUCAACUUGGUGCUUAGAUGAACUUGCAAACAUCAUUCACUGCAAGAAAGAGAUGGAAAUGAUAGUUCUGCCUAUUUUUCACCAUGUGGACCCAUUAAAUGUACGAAAACAAAUGGGAACUUUUGCACAGGCAUUUGUUAAACACGAAGAAAAGGAGAAUAAAGAAAGGGUGGAGAAAUGGAGAGAUGCUUUGACACAAGUGGGCAACCUCGCUGGAUGGCAUUUAAAGAAUACUAGGUCUGAGAUAGAAGACAUCAAAGACAUUGUAGGAAAAAUAUCACUUAACUUGAAAUAUGAUGCAUUCCAAUAUAUUACCAAGGACCUGGUAGGAAUAUACUCUCGAAUGGUGGAAUUGGAGUCGUGUUUAGUUGUAGGGUCAAAUGAUGUUCGCUUUAUAGGGAUUUGGGGGAUGGGGGGAAUGGGUAAGACAACUCUUGCUAGAGUUGUUUAUUAUAUGGUUUCUAAAAAAUUUGAAGCUUGUAGUUUUAUUGAGAAUGUUAGGGAGAUGGAAACAAAUUUGACAAUAAAAGAUGAGUAUGAUGGAGCUCUCAAGAUCAUGAAUAAGGUACGUCAUAAAAGGAUUCUUUUUGUUCUUGAUGAUGUAGAUAAACUGAAACAAUUAAAAAUGUUAGCCAGGGAGCAUCAUGCGUUUGGUUCUAGCAGUAGAAUUAUCAUAACAACAAGAGAUAAGCACGUGUUGGAAGCAUGUGCAGUAGAUGAAAUAUAUGAAUUUCAAGGAUUGAAUUAUAAAGAUGCUCUUCAACUUUUUUGCUUGAAAGCUUUUAAAAAAGAGCAUGUUCCAAAUGAUUAUUUAGAGCUGUCCAAAGAUUUUAUAAAAUAUGCUGCUGGUCUUCCUUUAGCUCUUGAGAUUUUGGGUUCAUUCUUGUUUGGAAAAAGUACCACUGAAUGGAAAAGUGCGCUAGAGAGGCUCAAAGAAUAUCCUAAUAUAGAAAUUCUCCAUGUACUUCAAAUAAGUUUUGAUGGACUCCAUUACACAGAGAAGGAAAUAUUCCUACAUAUUGCAUGCUUCUUUAAUCAUGAUAUGAAAGAUCAUGUAGUAGAAAUUCUAGAUAGUCUUGGCCUUUACCCUAAUGUUGGGUUGAAGGAACUAAGUAACAAAUCUCUCUUGAAAAUUAUGUAUAAUAAUGUGGUGUGGAUGCAUGAUUUACUUGAAGAAACGGGUAAGAACAUAGUUCGUCAAGAUUAACCUGAUGAUCCUGGGAAGCAUAGUAGACUAUGGCCUUUUAAGGACAUUGACAACAUUUUGAAACAAAAUAAGGUAAGAGGUUAUUUAGAGAAUUUGAGCUCAUUCUCUACCUUCUUGUUCAAAAAAUUUGAAAUUUGAAUUGUUAUACUAAUAAUAUAUUUUGCAAUUCUCCAAUAACUUCUUGAUACUUAGGGCAUAGAAGCAGUUCAAGCCAUGUAUAUUUCAUGUAUUUAUCAUCAAGAAAAACAGGCACGUUGGAGCCCUGAGGCCCUUACAAAGAUGUAGAAUCUUAAAUUUCUUAGAAUUCUUGGCUUUCACCAUGUCAUCGAAAGUCUUCCUAAUGAUUUAAGAGUUCUUGAUUGGGAAUCAUAUCAUUCAAAAUCUUUGCCAUCAAGUUUCCAGCUAGAUGAGCUUAUUCAACUUCGUUUGUGCUAUAGCAAAAUUGAACAACUUUGGGUUGAAAUAAAGGUAAUUGUGUUAUUAAGUAUCAUCACAACUUUGGUUUUAAGUUUCUAGAAAUGGACACUAGGAAGCUAAUUAUUCAAACUUUCUUUUUCUUUCAAUAAAAUUUUGACAAGUUGAGGUUCAUUGACUUGACCAAUUCAUGGAACUUGAUUAUAACCCCAAACUUCACUGGAGUCCCAAAUCUUGAGAAGUUAAUUCUUAAAAAUUGUAAACGUUUACGCAAGCUUCCCCCAUCCAUUGGAAUUCUUAAAAAAUUUAUUCUUCUUAAUCUACAAAAUUGCCUAAGACUAAAUUGCCUUCCAAGCAUUGGAAAUAUGGAAUGCUUACAGAAGCUUUUUUUGGAUUACACUACUAUUAUGGAACUACCUUCAUCAGUUGGAGGCUUGAUUGGCCUAACCUAGUUGACUCUAAGUAAUUGCAAAAAUCUUGCAUGUCUUCCUAGCACCAUUUGUAAUUUGACAUCUCUUAAAUCUCUAGAUCUUUCUGGAUGCUCAAAAUUUGACAACUUGCCUGAGAACUUUGGGAAUGUCAAAGGUUUGAAGAAGCUUAAUUUGAGUGGAACAGCUAUUAAAAAGUUGCCUUCAUCAAUUGAACGUUUGACAAACCUUACUUCAUUGACUCUACUUAAAUGCUAUAAACUUGUAUGUCUUCCUAACACCAAAUGUGGUUUCAAGUUCUGUGGUGCUUUUGAUCUUUCAGGACACUCAAAAUUUAAAAAAAUUGCCAGAGAACCUAUGGAUAAUCGAAGGUCUAGAGAAACUUGAUUUGAGUAGAACAGCUAUAGAAGAGCUACCUUCAUCAAUUGAACGUUUGACAAGCCUUACUUUAUUAACUCUCAAAGGUUGCAAAAAUCUUGUGUCUUCCUAGCACUAUUUGUAGUUUGAAAUUGCUUGAAUCUCUAGAUCUUUUUGGAUGCUCAAAAUUUGACAACUUGCCGGAGAACCUAGGGAAUCUUGAAGCUUUGAAAAAACUUGAUUUGAGUGGAACAGCUAUUAAAGAGUUGCCUUCAUCAAUUGAACGUUUGACAUGUCUUACUUCAUUGACUCUACUUUAUUGCUAUAAACUUAUGUGUCUUCCUAACAUUAGUUGUGGUUUUAAGUUUCGUGGUGCUCUUGAUCUUUCUACAUGCUCAAGAUUUAAAAAAUUGCCAAAGAACCCAUGGAUAAUCGAAGGUCUACAGAUGCUUGAUUUGAGGAAAACAGUUAUAAAAGAGCUGCCUUCAUCAAUUAAACAUUUGACUAGCCUUACUUCAUUGACGCUAAGAUAUUGCAUGAAUCUUGUGCACCUUCCUAGCACCAUUUGUAGUUUGAGGUUGCUCAAUUCUCUUGAUCUUUUUGGAUGCUUAAAAUUUGACAACUUGCCAGAGAACAUGGGAAAUAUAAAAGGUUUGGAGGUGCUUAAUUUGUGUUGGACAGCCAUAAAAGAGGCUCCUUCUUCCAUUGUUCUCCUUAAAAAUCUCAAACAGCUAAAUAUCCAUGGUUCGAAGUCUGAUUUUUAUUCCCAGCCGGCAAGUCUUGAGUCCAUGACCCCAUUACAGACUUCAUCUAUUUUCUUGCCAACAAGUCCUCCUAGGAGAAGUUUAUUGCCUUCAUUUUUAUAUUUUUACCUGCCAACAAGUCCUGUUCCGAUGGGCUUUUUACUGCCUACCUUAUCAGGUUUGCAAUCUUUAACAUAUUUGUAUCUUAGAGACUGCGAUCUUUCAUCAAUCCCCAAUGACAUUGGCUGCUUGCCAUCUUUAGAAUGCUUAAAUUUAAGUGGAAAUAAUUUUGUUUCCCUUCCUAAAAGCAUGUCUCAACUCUCUAAUCUUCAAAUACUUUGUUUGGAGGGUUGCAAGAGGCUUCAAUCUUUGGAAAAUGUUCCGUCAACUAUUGAUUUUGUAAUUGCAAACGAUUGUAUCUCAUUGGAGAGAAUGCCAGAACUACAAUUUUAUCCUCUAAGGUCAAAUCACUCCCAUUUGAAUUUCCAGUGUCUCAACUGCUUCAAAUUGGUUGACUAUAUUCAAAGCGGUGGUAACAUGUUUCAGGUCUCUCUCUCUCUCUCUCUCUCUCUCUCUCUCUCUCUCUCUCUCUAAGUUCUAUACGUUAUGUUUGUAUGUUUCAGGGACUAAGUGGUAGACUACCAGACUUGUUAGAAAUUAUUAUUCCUGGAAGAGAAAUUCCAAAAUGGUUUAACCAUGAAUGUAUGGGUCAUAAAUUGAACAUACAAGUGCCUUCUAGUGAGUGUGAUGAUGUGAUGGAAAUUGCAUUGUGUGCUGCUUUUGUACCCAAGAAGAGGCUUCCCCGCUUUUCAAUAUGUCAACUUUCAUGUUCAUUAAAUGGAGUUCAAAUGAAACAUCGAGUGUACUUUGGUUUUAGGACAAACUAUGGAAUAAUUGAAUCACAUCACCUUUGGCUGCUCUAUUAUUCCAAUUACACUCUAAAUGAUGGAAGAAUAUCUAGUGAAAUUGAUGCAAAUGGAUUUUGUCAACUUAAUAUUAAAAUAGAUAGCCAGAGCUUUGAGGUGAAGAAAAUUGGGGUCCGUUUGGUAUACCGGCAAGACACUGAAGAUCCCUAUCAAACUAAGGCACUGUGCAUCAACAACAGCAGUAUGCUCCUAUGAGGACCUGGGUGUUCUCCAUCAUGAUCUUGACGAUUCAGCCUUAGAAAGUAUCAGAAAACAGUGAAGCAAUGAUGAGGAUGGCGGGUCUGGAUCGCUGGACUUCCCUUAGUGGAGAACGCUACAAUAUUGAGGAACCACAGACAAAGAGGAUCAAAGAGUUGAGGGAUUAAUGGCUGAUUUUUGUAGCAUCUAGUGAAAAUGACAUGGAAGGCUAAAUGUUGUCUGUUCGUAAUCUGUAACUGUGGGCAUAAUAUAGAUUUUUCUUGUUGUCUUGUUGGUGCAUUUUUAUUUAUUUAAUUAAUGGAAGGACAGGAUCAAAUGUCCAAGAAGCUUGAAGCUGCAGUUAGAGGGAUAGUUACAAGAGUGAUAUUGAAGUAUCAGCCAAGUAGCUAUGGUCUUCUCACACCCACCUUAGGCUCCUGCGAAAGUGGUCAACGACCCAGAAGGGUCAAGCAUUUAAAUUGACUGUCAAUUGGCUCUUUUUAUUGAUUAAAUCUUUUUUGUUUUUGGUGUCCUGCAAAUUUAAUGUUCUGUUAUACUUCUAAUGAUAUACAGAUAUAAAUACUUCCCAUCAAUCUCUUUCCUUAAUGCAAAGUUACCAUCCAGUGCCUCUAUGCUUGGAGAAGUAUAAUGGUAGCUAGAAAGGUUGCUCAAAUGAGCUACAAUUGGAAGAUAGGGAAGGAAGACAGGUUAACAUCCGGAGAUAGAGGUGGCUGCCAACACUAAGCACAUUCAGGGUGGUUUCACCAAGACAUCCUCAAUCUGCAGCAAACUAUGUGUGACUUGCUGGAUGAUAAUUCAAAGACUUGUUGAAAGGAUGUUCUGGACAGAAACUGGAGAUUUUUCAGUUCGGAGUGCAUAUGAUUUGUUGGAAAGCUAAGUGGACGUAAGUUAAAUACUUAAAUUCCUAACAGGCUCAGGUUAGGAAUGCACUGCAGGAUAUCCUACCAACAAAGACUCAUUUCUAUUUUCCAAACGCACCAUCUCUUCAGUAACUUGUGAGCAGUGGAAUGAAGUUCCUGAAACCAACCAAUUUACAUGCUUUAUGGUCUUGCCCACACGCCAUGAAGCAAUUGUGGCUGCACAUAAAUGGAAAAAGAUUUGAGGAACCAGGAAUGCAGAAAAUAUUUAGUCUGAGAUACUGCAUAUCCCAACAUGGAAGCCCCCUUAAUUACCUUACUCCAAGGUAAAUGUUGCUGUAAAAAAUGCGAGGAUGGCUUUUGCUAUGGAAUAGGCGCAGUGAUUAGAGAUUUUAAUGGGAAUUUUGUUGCAGCUAAGGUUGAGGUGAUUGUGAGCCAAUGCUGUCUGGAUGGUCAUUUUACAGGAUUCUGGCAUGCCCUAUAAUUGUGUAACCAGCAGGGACAUCAGGAGGUUCAACUUGAGAGCUACUUUAGUAUUUUGCCAUUGCUGCUUUUAAGAUAUACAACCCCCCCCCCCCCCCCCACAACAAAAAAAAAAGACCUGAAAUGCUGAAACUAGCCAUACUAAUUUUAGAUGUUAUGAGUUUAAUUUUGUGGACAAAAGCUAAUAAUGCUACUCUUGUUUUAGCAGUUCUUGUGUGUAAAUAUUGUCACUGAGAUUUGGCUGGGUAUCUGUCAAAAACAAGAUUGGGGAGAAAAUGAUUUCAUUGAAUAAUUAUGAUUA